UCCCCAUUAUUUUCCAUGAAAAAAUUCCGGGAACAUAACUCAGAAGCAUCUCCGUUCACUAAACAUGACAACGAUCGGAUUCCGCCUUAUCUCUGUUCCAUCCGCCGCCGCAACCGCCGUCUCACCGCUCAAUCCGGUUUCUCAGAACAAUGAUGAAUUCCGAGAAAGCCAACUGCAGUGGCAUCGACUUCCGAUUAAUCGUAGAGGCUUCACUAUGCUCUCGUUUCUCUCCGCGAUGCCGUCUCUGUUUCUACCUGCUCCCGCCACUGCUUUCGAUAUCGGCAUUUCAGGACCGAAGGAUUGGUUAAAGGAGCAAAAGAAGAAGGCCUCCAAGUUUCUCUUGGCACCAAUUGAUGCCUCCAGAGGCAGCCUUCGCGCUGUUUACCUUUUGCUUACCAGUGAUUCCGAUUACUCAAGCAAGGAUCUGGAGGAAGUUCAAAGACUGCUUAAAUCUGCUGCAAGGGAUUGCGUUCUGAAGGAUAGGAACUCGUUUGUCCAAUUUCAAGCGAGCACAGGAGUCGAGGUCUGUACAUUUCAACUGGUUGUGAAAAAUGCAUCCUCCUUGCUUGGAAAUAAAGAUCCUAUAAAACUAGAAGCUGAAAGUCGGCUAAAAGAUCUAGUGAGCUCUUUCACUUCACUCAAUAGUCUCGCAUAUGAAACUGAUAUUCAAGUCGAUUCCAACAGACAAAAAGUACUGGAUGCACUAAAUGAUACCAUAGCUUCCCUUGACAAAUUUGAGAAGGGUAUUAAGGAUUGUCUUGAAAUUUAAGUCCCAUGAUUUGUUUUGUAAUUAGAAUGUUCUGGUGUUCAGUCCAGACAAGCAGCAAUUAAAUGAAACCAAAAGCAAAGCUUUCAGGCUCAAUUCCUAGCAGCUAUAUUGAUAAAUCUGGUUCGUAAAUGUAUGUAGACUCACUCUAUCAUAUAUAUGCAUAUGUGUGUUGUGCAGGUUUUAUUUA